GGGUAGCAGUUUCUUCGGCACCUCCUCCAGCUGAGCUGUGUCUGCACUGGAACCAGAGGAUCCGCUUAACCAUGAGACUACUCAUCCAGACCUUCACCAUCUGCCUGGCUGUCUCUCUCUGCCUGGCAGCUCCCUCGCAUCAUCAUGACCAGGUUAAAGAUGAAAAGGUAACUGGGGCUCAAGCUCAUUCUGAAAAUAGCCAUGCUGACCAUGCCCAUACCAACAAUGGCCCUGGACAUAAGAACAAUGGCCCUGACCAUGCCAAUAAUGGCCCUGACCAUGCCAACAAUGGCCCUGGACAUAAGAACAAUGGCCCUAACCAUGCCAAUAAUGGCCCUGACCAUGCCAACAAUGGCCCUGGACAUAAGAACAAUGGCCCUGACCAUGCCAACAAUGGCCCUGACCAUGCCAACAAUGGCCCUGGACAUAAGAACAAUGGCCCUGACCAUGCCAAUAAUGGCCCUGGACAUAAAAACAAUGGCCCUAACCACGCCAAUAAUGGCCCUGACCAUGCCAACAAUGGCCCUGGACAUAAAAACAAUGGCCCUAACCACGCCAAUAAUGGCCCUGACCAUGCCAACCAUGACCAUAAGAACAGCAAUCAUCAUGGCAAUAAAAAUCACCAUCACUUUGAUCGCUGCAGUGAAUUAGUGUUUGAUGCUGCAAUUGAGGACAAGGACGGAGUUCACUACUUCUUUAAGGAUGAUCAUGUGUUUAAGGGGUUCCAUGGUGACGGUGAGCUUACAAAUAAGACCUUCCCUGAGUUGGAUGACCAUCUCCUGGGACACAUAGAUGCAGCAUUCCACAUGCCAUCUGAGGACAGUCCUGACCACCAUGAGCACCUGUAUUUCUUCCUGGAUGACAAGGUUUUCAGCUAUGAAAAUCACAAGCUGGAAGAUGGUUAUCCAAAAGCCAUCUCUGAGGUAUUCCCUGGUAUUCCAGAUCAUUUGGAUGCUGCAGUUGAGUGCCACAAGCCUGACUGCCCCAAUAACACCGUAGUCUUUUUCAAGGGUCAUGAAAUCUACCACUUUGACAUUGACACCAAGGAGGUCCAUGAGAAAGAAUUCAAAAGCAUGCCCAACUGCUCGGCUGCCUUCCGCUAUGCAGGACACUAUUACUGUCUGCAUGGCCACGAUUUCUCCAAGUUCAACCCCAAUACUGGUGAAGUUCAUGGAAAAUAUCCAAAGGAGGCCCGUGAAUACUUCAUGAGUUGUCCCCAUUAUGGUGAUAAGACUGAGGCAGAGCACAUCGAGAGAGAGCAGUGCAGCCAUGUGCACCUGGAUGCCAUCACUGAGGAUGAUGAUCAUGAUCUGUUUGCUUUCAGAGGCCACCACUAUCUCAGUAAAAUCGAUGACAAAUAUCAUGCUGGAACUAUUGAGAGUGCCUUUAAAGGUCUCCAUGAUGGCAUUGAUGCUGCCUUCUCCCAUGAAGAGCACAUACACAUAGUCAAGGAUGACAAAGUGUACGUCUAUAACAUAUCACACAAACAAGGAGAGCCUCACACACUCCGAUCAGGUUACCCCAGAAGUGUGAAGGAUGCACUGGGCCUUGAGGGUCAUAUAGAUGCUGCGUUUAUUUGUCCCAAUGUUCAUGUUGUUCAUGUCAUCCAAGGUAAUAAAAUAUAUGAUGUGGACAUAAGCCAUGAGCCACCUACCCAUACAGAGGCAAAAACAAUUCCAUAUAAGCAUGUUGAUACUGCCAUGUGUAAUGCAAACGGUGUGUCGGUUGUGGUUGAUGACGACUUCUACCACUAUCAGUCCCCUGCUAUAUUUGUUACUGCCAGGAUCCUGCCUGAGAAGCAGGAUGUGGCCAAGGAACUGCUUGGCUGUGACCAUCAUGUGUGAGGGAAAGAGAGAAGAGAACACCACAUCUAAAGGAGGACUACACACCUUCCAUCCUCUAAAUCUAACCAUUCUGUAGUGGUGUUCCUCUCACUUUUAUCACACUGGCCUCAUAUGCAUCUCUUCCUACCUCUGGUUCUUUGUUUAACUAAGCCUGACUUUUGUUACAAAAACUGCAAAGCUAUUAUUUCUGUCAGUGCUGUCUGUCAUCAUAGAGAACCACCUGUGCACAUUGUGGCUGAUGAAUAAACUAAAGUAAAAUCA